UAUGACCAGUGAGGCUGACAUCACAAAGCCAUUGACGUAAGAAGCUGUUGAAUGGGGGCAUAUUGUUAAAUAAUACAUUUGGAUUUGGUCACGUGAGUGAGCCUCUGAAUAAUUCAAGACAUUUUUACAUCACUGAUCUCUCCCCUCAGUACAGAUCCUGGAUGCUUGCAAAUAAUGCGCUGAAAAUGGAACUUGAUAAAACCGUCGUGAUCCAUUAAUCCGAGGGUAAAAGCGUGUCUGUCAAUUAACAAACCGCACAACCAUUGAAACAUGUGGCUAAAAGCGGAUAUGGAUCUUCUGUGAAAGAGAAAGCCCAUUUGCUCCCAACUGCUAUUUACAGACACAAGGAGAGUCACACCACCCUAUUAUUAACUCUGAGAAACCUGCUCCUAUAGCUUCUCUUGUAGCUCUGAAUUAAAAUGAGUGGGGCUUUUGCCAAGCUAGACCCAAGGCGAGUCCAAUGGGGUGCCACGUGGUACGCCUUUCACUCGCGGAUCCUGCGCACCAAGCCAGUGGAGUCGAUGCUGGACGGCGAAGGCAACGGCACAUCUCACAGCACCAAACUGGCACGAGUGCUCACCACCGUGGACCUGGUCUCAUUGGGAGUUGGCAGCUGCGUGGGCACUGGGAUGUACGUGGUAUCUGGAUUGGUUGCCAAGGAAAUGGCCGGGCCGGGAGUCAUCGUGUCCUUCAUCAUUGCAGCUGUGGCUUCCAUCCUGUCAGGGGUGUGCUAUGCUGAGUUUGGUGUGCGGGUCCCCAAGACGACAGGAUCGGCCUACACCUACAGCUACGUGACAGUUGGGGAGUUUGUAGCUUUCUUCAUUGGCUGGAACCUCAUCCUGGAGUACCUGAUUGGCACUGCUGCGGGUGCCAGUGCUCUCAGCAGCAUGUUUGACUCCCUGGCCAAUCACACCAUCAGCCACUUCAUGAUAAACCAUGUGGGCACUCUGAACGGCUUGGGCAAAGGAGAGGAGUCAUACCCAGACCUCCUGGCCCUGGUCAUCGCUAUCCUGGUGACGGUAGUCGUGGCGCUAGGAGUGAAGAACUCGAUCGGGUUCAACAACGUCCUCAAUGUUAUUAACCUGGUGGUGUGGGUCUUCAUCAUGAUCGCUGGGCUCUUCUUCGUCGACGGCAGCAACUGGGACAACGCAAACUUUCUUCCUUUCGGAUGGUCAGGGGUUCUACAAGGGGCAGCCACCUGCUUCUAUGCCUUUAUCGGUUUUGAUAUCAUCGCUACCACAGGAGAAGAAGCUAAGAAUCCCAACACUUCCAUUCCGUACGCAAUCACUGCCUCGCUUGUGACCUGCCUCACUGCAUACGUCUCUGUGAGUGUGAUUUUGACCCUGAUGGUUCCCUACAAUGACAUUGAUGCAGAGUCCCCUCUCAUGGAGAUGUUUGUGGUCCAUGGAUUUCACGCAGCCAAGUACAUUGUGGCCAUUGGCUCCAUCGCUGGGUUGACUGUGAGUCUCCUAGGAUCCCUCUUCCCCAUGCCCAGGAUCAUUUACGCCAUGGCUGGAGAUGGUUUGCUCUUCAGGUUCCUGGCCCACGUGAGCAGCUACACAGAAACACCUGCUGUGGCCUGUGUCGUGUCCGGGUUCCUGGCCGCCCUGUUGGCCCUGCUGGUCAGCCUCAGGGACCUGAUAGAGAUGAUGUCCAUCGGGACCCUCCUAGCCUACACACUGGUGUCUGUGUGCGUCCUGCUGCUGCGCUACCAGCCAGAGAGCGACAUCGAUGGCUUUGUCAAGUUCCUCUCUGAGGAACACACCAAGAAGAAGGAAGGGAUCCUAGCCGAGUGUGAGAAGGAGGCCUGCUCCCCAAUGAGUGAUGGGGAGGAGUAUGGUGGGCCACCAAGCAACACUUGUGGGGCCAAAAACCUGCCAUCCCUGGGAGACAAUGAAAUGUUGAUUGGCAAGUCUGACAAAACCAACUACAACAUCGAUCAUCCGAACUAUGGCACCGUCGAUAUAACGUCGGGGAUAGAGGCUGAUGAAUCAGAGAAUAUAUACCUUAUCAAGCUGAAGAAGCUGAUUGGACCUCGCUACUAUACCUUGAGGAUUCGGCUAGGCCUGCCCAGUAAAAUGGAUCGGCCCACUGUUGCCACCGGCCGUAUUGUCACCAAUUGCGUCCUGCUGCUUUUCAUCCUGAACGUCAUCUUCUGCUCCUUCAUCAUCUUUGGAUCCGACUACAUCUCGGACCACAACUGGUGGGCUAUUCUCCUGGUGGUCCUCAUGGUUGUGCUGAUCUGUGCCCUGGUCUUUGUCAUCCUACAGCAGCCAGAGAAUCCCAAGAAGCUCCCAUACAUGGCGCCAUGUGUCCCCUUUGUACCAGUCUUCGCCAUGCUGGUCAACAUUUACCUAAUGCUCAAGCUCUCUGGGAUCACCUGGAUCCGUUUUGCAGUCUGGUGCUUCAUUGGCAUGCUGAUCUACUUUGGUUACGGGAUAUGGAACAGCACGCUGGAGAUCUGCGCCAGGGAAGAGAUCUUUCAACAGAGUACUUAUCAGCGCUAUGACGGGGACGUGGAUGAUAGCUUCACUGCGGACGAUGGCUUCGGCUACCCAGAGGAGGGGGGCGGCCAGCACCAGGACUGGGGUGCUCCGGAGGACCGUGGGUACCAUUACCAGCAGCAGCAAGCCAUGCCUGACAGUGUAGACAACAGGACCUCACACAGCAGUAAACCCAAAAGCAAAGGGAAAUCUAGUCGGAAUUCUGAAGCCCUGAUCGCCAGUGACGAGCUAGAUUACUCACCGGAGUAAGAAU